AAGAGACUUGCAACAAGUGCGAAAUACAUCGUGACACAAAGCUCACGUUGACGGCAUAAUUUUGACGUGGACGUCAAUACAACAAUGGCGGAUGCUGUGGAGGAAGUUCUUCAGGGCAGCUGGGACCAGGAUCUGGCCGAGGCCCUGGACUCCGGGGGGUCGGACACAGAGAUGGAGAGGGCCGCCAUCCAGGUCCAGGAGCCGGCUGAACCGAAGGCCAAGCUCUGGAAGAUCGCCCUGAACGUGGCCGGCAAGGGAGACAGCCUGUCUUCCUGGGACGGCCUCCUGGAUCUCCCGGAGCAGACACUCAUUCACAACCGCAGCCAGCAGCUGAUCCAGCAGCUGGGCGUGUCCGAGGAGGAGGGAAGCGCCAUGGUGUCGGACGUCGAGUCGGUCAUUACGUUCUACUGCAAGUCCAGGAACAUCGCGUUCACCCCCGACCUGGCCUGGCCUCACCUGCUCAAGCCCCUGCUGGGCCUCCAGCUGACCCGCAGCGAGCUCUACAACUGCUUCUACGCCAUCAUGAACAAGUACAUCCCCCGGGACUGCGUGUCGAAGGGUCGUCCGUUCCACCUGUACAGGCUGCUGCUGCAGUACCACGAGCCGGAGCUCUGCUCCUUCCUGGACACCAAGAAGGUCACCCCAGACUCCUACGCCAUCGACUGGCUGGGCAGUCUGUUUGCCAGUCACUGCCCUCCUGAGGUCACCCAGGCCAUCUGGGACAUCUACCUCCAUCAGGCCGACCCCUUCCUCAUCUUCUUCCUCAUGCUCAUCAUCCUCGUCAACGCCAAAGAUAACGUCCUUGGACAGGAAGCGGACAGCAAGGCUGACAUCACCAAGAUGUUGCUGGAGUCUCCCGCUCUUCUGGAGGUUGAGGACAUUGAAGACCUCUUCUCCCUGGCCCAGUACUAUUACAGCAAGACACCUCUGUCCCUCAGAAAGGAGAACCAGAACCUGUUCGGCAGCAGUUUGGUGGCUCUGAAGGAGGAGGACAUGGACCUCAGCCAGGCGCUCUGCCUCCCCGUGUCUGUACCCGAGAUCCUGCAGGCCAACCACCUCCAGCAGCAGGACGGAGUGCGGUUCUUUGUGGUCGACUGUCGGCCCGCAGAGCAGUACAAUGCAGGACAUCUCUCCACAGCCUUCCAUCUGGACUCAGACCUGAUGCUUCAGAACCCGUCAGAGUUCGCCCUGUCGGUCAAGUCUCUGCUGGAGGCCCAGAAGCAGUCUCUGGAGUCUGGCUCGGUGGCCAGUGGAGAGCACCUGUGCUUCAUGGGCAGCGGGAGGGAGGAGGAGGACAUGUACAUGAACAUGGUGCUGGCCCACUUCCUGCAGAAAAACAAGGAGUACAUCAGCAUCGCAAAAGGCGGGUUCAUGGCCCUCCAGCAGCACCUGGCGGACAUGAACGUGGAUGGUCUUGACAGCUCUUACGUCCACUGGAUAGUCAGUACGUCUGGCUCCCACAGUAGUCUGAGCUCGGCUGAUGGGGAGUCUUUUGGGAGCGCAGGGGAGGGAAAAGGGGUUAAGUCCCUGGUAAACAAGAUGACCUUUGCCCUCAAGUCCAAGUCUGUGAACGUGAAGGAGAAGAUGAUCAGCUUUAUAGAGAACACUUCCACACCCGUGGACAGAAUAUCUUUCACUCUGCCCUGGCCAGAGAAGGGGAUACUAGAUCGACAUGUGAGCAGCAGCGACCGGGUGGGGAAGCCGUACAGGGGGGUGAAGCCUGUCUUCAGCAUCGGAGACGAGGAAGAGUACGACACAGACGAGAUCGACAGCUCGUCCAUUUCGGACGACGACAGGAAGGAGAUCGUCAACAUCCAGACGUGGAUCAACAAGCCGGACGUGAAGCAUCACAUUCCCUGCAACGAGGUCAAGGAGACGGGUCACAUGUUCCCAAGUCACCUGCUGGUAACGGCCACCCACAUGUACAGCCUGAGGGAGAUCGCCUCGCGGAAGGGCUUCGCCUACAUCCAGUCGAGGCAGCCGCUCAACUCCGUGGUGAAGAUCACCUCCAAGAAGAAGCAUCCGGAACUCAUCACCUUUAAGUUCGGCAGCAACAACACGGCCGGAGUGGAGAUCUCUGCGGUUGAGAGGUAUCUAAUUCCAAACGCAGGCGACGCCACCAAGGCCAUCAAGCAGCAGAUCAUGAAAGUUCUGGAUGCCCUCGAGAGUUCCUAAGCAGAGAGAGGCUGUAGGGGCACCCUGGAUGUCCAGAAGAAGACCUGCUGCAGAGGGGGGGGGGGGGGGGGGGUGUGUAUGUCAGCUGAAGGGAGGAUGUGGUGUGUGUGUGUGUCAGCUGAAGGCAGGAUGUGCCCCCGCCUCUCCUCUCGGGACACCUCCCAGCUACAGUGACGGUUCACCUCUCCCAUUCCUGGGGACACGGGGUCAUGGAGGUCAACGGAUGACCUGAGGAAACGUUGGACUGUGCUUAUUGAAUAGUGUUGCUCCCCGUCACUAUUCUCCUCAUACUAAUUAAACUAGGUUAUGUUUGAAUUUACUUUACAUUUUCUUUAUUUGUGGGGAGGGAAAUAACUGUCAAAAGGUGGGUUAUGAUUGCAUUACAGGGUUCUGUCUAGCCUUAAAUCGAGCCCGAUUAUCUUCCAGUGUCACACAUGCAGAAAGGUCCUGCAACAUUGGGCCACCGCGGGCCAGUAGCUGUUUCCUUGUUUAUCAUAGGACUUAAAGAUGUCACAACUGUCCACAUGGAAACAGUCAUUAGAAAUGUAAGCAGUGUUUGGAUCAGGAGACCAGUAUUGUUGCUUAAGUCCAUUUAGAGUUUUCAACUCAAGGAUCUAAAAUGGAUUGGUGUUUUCCCAUUGGUCAGUCUCUUAUACAACAGUGUCUUGGUUUGUUAGAUUCCAGCUUUGAAAAUAAAGGUGAUUCACAUAAAUUAUUUGUUAAAGAAAUGGAGUGCUAAGGAGUUAUUAGACUAGCGAACGACUCCAUAUUAUUUGGAUUAAUAGCAGCACAAUUUUCAAUAGUCUUCUCUGUAUUUUCAAAUAUGAAAGAAUAUCGUUAAAGGCUGAGUCUGCACAUGUCACAGGGUUCAGUUCAAGUCCAUUCUCUAGUCAAUCUGGUUUAGAAACUUGUUUGAUGUAACGUGACAACUGUUUUUGAUACUUGUCCUUAAGGAAGUUUUUAUUUCCAGCUCACAGCCUUAAAUAGAAAUUAUUUGAGGAUGUUUAUAAAUAUGUACUGUAUAUAUUGUAAACUGCUCCAUAUCAAAAACAGAUAUUUGCAACACUUUGAACUCUUGGUGUAUCCAGACAGUACUGAUAUGCGGUUGAUAUUUAACCGGUUGCUGACUAGUCCGACCAGCCUCCUCUUGAGGGUCUCCUGUUCAUUGACUAAAGUGUAAACCAUUUAUAAAGUGUUUAUGAAACCC